GAUACAACUAGGCCAGCGAGGCUGUCGCACAAUAGUACAUUUAUUAUUAUUCUCAUUUGAGAAAUCGAGAUGUUUAGACGCACGGCCAUUCUCAGUUCAGUAGUUGCACGGAUGUAUCGAAUUAUUGAAUCAUUACCAGUACUACUAGCAAACUCAAAAGUGGAAUUGUCACCGCUCUUCAUAGCCUGCGGGCUUAACGACAUCAUCACGAUUUCAGCACCAAUGGUGGACAAAAAUGCUCUAUAUUACUUGACUAAACCCAAUGGAGAUGUAACAAAAAUCGAUAUACAACAACCGAGCUAUAUAAAGAGGAAACACAAUGAUCUUUAUAAUGAUGAAAUAGCAGUUAAACAUGUAAAAGCAGAUGCAAGGCCGAUCGUAACACCCCUAAACAACUACCAAAUAUUAAACGUUAAAGAUAAAAGAUUAAAUGAAUUGGAAAUGGAAGAGAGAAUUGAAUCUAGUGAUAUAGUUAUAGGUCCUUUGACAGAAGACGAUCAUGGUAAUUGGGUGUUAAGCGUUUAUCACAAGGACUUGGAUGGGAACUGGAUUGAACUGUUUCAAGUGAUUACUAUAGAAAUUGUUGAAAACGUGCCGCCGAGUCUAAGCAACCCAAAAAUAAGUCUAGGAGAUGAGUUCAGACCAAGUUUUGCAUAUCCUAUUAAAAAUUUAGAAAGUUGUGAACUCAUUGCACCGGGUUCCACGUUCGAUCGCUUUUAUACCAGAAGCAAUAUAGAAUUUGACAGAUGCGGAUACGUCAUAGACAAUGUGACGAAACCAGACGAGGGUCUUUGGACGAUCAUCGGCGUCGGAAGAAUUGUCUAUGAAACACAAAUUUAUUUAAAAAUAUUAAAUACAAUAACUUAGCAAUUAAA